AAAAGUCUCUAACUAGUUCUAAUAUCAACAACAGCUCGAGAGAAGCCUUGAGUUACAAAUAAGUUCGCCAACAUACAUAAUAUUAUAUAAAUAACCUAUAUAUACCUAUAUAUACAUUACAAGAUGGCCACAGCCAUGUACGCAAGUCAGCCUGGUGCUCAGUACGGAUAUCCACAACCGCCUCCUUCGCCUCCAAUGGACGAAACAUCGAAAUGCUCUCUACCCUCGAUCUCCAACUUAUUAGUGAUGGCAGACGGUGGAUCGCCUACAACUGAACAGUCGCCUCAGUCUCAGCAAGUAGCGUCGUCAGUGAAGGUAGAGACUCGACCAAAUUCGGCUCAUUGUGCGAGCAGCGCUCCUCGGGCCACUUUACCUCCUACCCCCCCUAUGAGUUCAGAUGCUUCGUUUGAUGGUAGAGAGGGGUAUAAUUCACCGUCGACGAGAUCGGUUUCUAUUGUGUCGGGGCCCAAUUACUAUUACGAAACGACUCCGCCACUAGAGGAUGUUCACCGCCAUCAGAUGGCAGCAGCGGUGGCACCCCGUAUGCCCAUGCAAGCUCCGGUAUACUCGCAACCCGCUUUUACUGCGCCAUACUUGGGUCAGGCGCCAGUACCACCUUACUAUCCCGCCACUCUUUCCGGAGUUCAGGCAGGCCAGCCGCAGAUCUCGGGACUCUACUACCAGAGGCCAUUACCACAGGCAUUUCCUCCUUUACCGGUAACCGUUUCUCUAGCGCCAACGCAAGGAGCGAACCCGUGGCAACACCACCACUACAUCUCGCCAUCUUCGGCGGCGUCUUUCCCGCAGUCGCAGGACCGCUACAUCUGCCAGACCUGCAACAAGGCGUUUUCGAGACCGAGUUCGCUACGGAUUCACAGCCACUCUCAUACCGGCGAGAAGCCCUUCAAGUGCCCUCACGCCGGCUGUGGGAAGGCAUUUAGCGUACGAAGCAACAUGAAGAGACAUGAGCGAGGAUGUCACGACAAUGGCAACUCCCAUCACUGAAAAAUAAAAAAUAAAAAAUAAAAAAAAAGAGGAAAAAAAAGGCACCAGCCCUAAAAUCGAUAUUAUGAAUAUUUCGACGCUGUUAUUAUUUAUUGUUUUAUUCCUAAUGUGGACUUAGUCUUGUGGCGGCUCUCUCAAGAGGAGGUUGGAAGGACUAGAGAGUCAGGGAUAUGAAGGGAUGCAUUUGAUACCCAACCAGGGGGGCUACGUUACGAACAUGAACGGCCGCCUUCGUUUCUCAAAAGCACUCGCUGUUUUCUUAUUUUCAUUUUCCGGUUUCCGACAUUGGAUUUCGCCUACGUUGAAUUAAGGUACCUAACCUAUCUGAAAAUAGGGCCGUAUAAUUUUCUCACUUUGGAAUGAGUUGGCGAAACAGGCGGUCUGCCUUCUGCUUACUGGGAUUGGGGAUUUGCGGGAUAAGGGCAACGGGUUGCAUUUUCUUAUUAUCUACGCAGGAUGUGACUGUUCAUUGACGAGGCGCAUCGGAC